AUGCUUGCUUUUUUUCUUCUAAGUAUUUCAGUUUCUAAAGAUAUAAUCAUAGCUGAUAAAGAAAAGAGUUAUUUUAAGUGCAUGUAUCCAGCACAAUCAGAUAAAAACCCAGAUGUUUGGAGAUAUUUCCACGGAUGUGAUGAGAUUGCGAAAGGUAUACGUAAGAUCACCGGGUCGAAGAUGGAUAUCAUCACUGAUGCAAGUAAUGAAAUGCAAAACCUUAUUUUAGUUGGACCUACAAAAUUAUCACCCAAAAAUCAAUAUACACCCACUGUAAGAGGAACAGACUUUUUUGAGAUUCGGUUUCACAAUGGAAAUCUUGCUAUCUUAGGUAAUUGGUAUGGUUUCUUAUACGGAUGCUUUGAAAUACUAGAAAAGUAUGGUGGUGUUCGUUACUACGCAAGUUGGAUGUAUGUUUAUCCACCAGCCGAUUCUUUUAAAGUUCCAGACGAUGUUAACAUAAUUUCGAAAUCACCGUUUCUUUAUCGUGAAUUUUGGUCAUCAGAUUUCACCUACACAGAUUUUAAUGAAAAAUCAAGAGCAAAUGUAUGGUUGCCAAAUUACUACGAUUGCGAAUCAUUUGCUUAUUUAAUGAAAUCAGAUAAAUAUCCACUAAGUCAAUAUCCUACAAGAUUUGCCGAUCUUGGUAAUGGACAAAGAUCAACCUGGGUACCAUGCUUAUCAGAUGACUUAACAUUUGAAAUAUUCAUGGAUAAGAUUUUAACAGAUUUGCGCAAAAGGGAAGUUUACUUAGUUGAUGUCAGCCAAUCAGAUACAGGCGAACAUUGUUUAUGCGAAAGAUGUAUGGCUAAGUAUCAUCAGUACGGUGAUCGUUAUUCCGGUGUUAAUUUAUGGUUCAUAAACAAAAUUGCAACGGCAUUAGAAAGUGAAUUUCCAAAUGUAUUAGUUAGAACGUUUGCAUGGGGAUUUACGCUUGAUGCACCAGCGAACAUCAAGGCUCAUAAGAAUGUAAUCAUCAGAAUAACUCCAAUUAUGAAUGAUUACGGACAUCCAUUUGAUGGAAACUUCACUGAUGAAAAUAGACAUCUUAUGAAAGAACUUGAUAAAUGGAAGCAGGUUGCAAAUCAUUUCUAUGUUUGGGAGUAUUCAACAAACUUCAUACAUAUUAUGAGUUUCCAUCCAAACUAUCACACAAUUGCGGCAAACAUGAAAAUGUAUGCAAGAUACGGCUUCGAAGGUGUAGGUUCGCAAGAUGCUAAUUUUGUCUUUGUUGAUUCAACUGGCAGAUUUAUUCCAAGAUUCCAUAGUGAUAUGCAAGAAUACAAGGCAUAUCUUACAUUGAAGCUGUUGUGGGAUCCAGAUCAAGAUGCUGAUUAUCUUGUCAAUGAUUUCUUAAAUGGUUUUUACGGUCCAAGUGCAGCUCCAUAUGUUAAACAAAUUCUUGAUGAUACAAAGGAUCUUAUGUUCAAUGAUUACAAAUCAUUUGUUACAUUAACACAUCAUGAUGCUCGUCUAUGGUUUAUUCCACAAGAAUUCAUUGAUCACAUCAAAAAUCUUUGGGAUUUAGCAAUCAAGGCAAGUGAAUUAGAUAGAAAGAUUGAUCCUCGAUACGUUUACAACACAAAGAUGGGUCAACUUUCAUCACUUUACACACAAUUCAUGAUCUAUAAAGAUCAAACAGUCAAACCAUAUAUCAAAGAUGGAAAAGUUUAUAUUGGAGGCAACGAAAAGCUUACAUAUGCAGCUAAAACUAUGAUGGAAAGAUGUCCAGGACCAUUUGUUAUCAAUGAAACAUCAAAAGGAGCAUGCGCAUUCACAUAUAACACUGCCGCUGAUGCACCACUUAGAACAUUAAUUAAACAGUAUUCAGAAGGUGUAGCAGUAGAUAUUAUUAAGAGUGGAGAUUUUACAGCAAUUUCUGCACCUAAAUCAGUUAUUGAUGGCAAAAUCAUUUCACUGAAGAAAGGAAAUACAGAAUUUUUACACAGUGAAGAAGGAAUUUAUUUUGGCUACUUCACAAACACAGCAGGAAUUUUUACACAAUAUUCAUAUGAUUAUCGGUUGAAAGGAAAAACAGAUUCAACAGUUACAUAUACCGUAACUUCAUCCGAUAAAAGCUAUAGUACAACAAAGAAAUACACAGCAACAACAGAAGGAGUUAAUUUUGACGUUCACUACACAAGGAAUGUUGCAGGCUCAAAUAUGCGUCCAGUUAUGAUGGUUACAUUGAAUAUCAACGAUGGCACAUUUGUUGGUUACAAGAUUGGUAAUAAAGAAUGGAAAUCGAAACAAUUGAUGAACAACAUGGAAUUCGAUCAUUGUGGUGGUACAUUAGAUGGUGUUGGCCAAGUCAGUGUUAUUGAUCCAACAAGUCGAAAAGGUGUCGAUAUCAAAGUUCCAGAUUAUUUCGAAUCAGUUGUUAUCCACAUUAACAGGACAUCACAGAAGAUUCGUCUUUCAUUUGUUGGUCCAUAUGUUACUCCACCACAAGGUUAUUCUGUUGACCACCACUUCGAAAUUCAUCCAAUUGAGAAAAACAUUAAAGCACCAUCAUUCACUAAAUCAUUUGACUACACUACACAUGACCCUAAAAUCAAAUAUGGACUUGCUAAAGGAGAUAAAUUUGUAUUUCCAGACUUUAUGAUGAAAUAUGAAAAUUACGGUGCCGAACGCGUAAGUGUUGCAGAUCCUUUGUCUUCUACAGGACUAAGUGUCCGACUUGGUCAUACAAUUUGGCCAACAAUUUAUUUCAAUCCACAAAAUGUAUAUCCGUACUACUUCUUUAAGGAAGGAGUUUACAGAGCCAAUUUUACAGUGAAAUGUGUUAAUCCAAAAUUAACUGAUUUUCAAUAUGCUGUUUAUGGCUACAGUCAUCCUUACGAUUCCAACUAUGAUGGAUGGUAUAUGCCUCCAAAAGAUUUCGGUGAUAACGAAUACAAAGUCAUUGUAGUACCAAAAGCAACAAUGGUUAAUCAUCGUGUGGAAUUUGUUGUAACAAACAAACCGGAUUGCUGUGAUUAUAUUCACCUAAGCGAAUUUUCUUUUAUUGUUGAAAAACCGCCAACACAAGAUUCAGUGAAAUCAUGGCCAGAACAAAGUCUUAACAGAAUAAAGUCUGCAAACCAUACUGAUUUAAAUAAAUCAGAAAAAUCAAAGAAAUGGAUUCCAGCAGUAAUUACAGUAUGUGCAAUUGUUGUUAUUGCUGCAAUUGUUGUCGGAGUUAUAUUCAUUGUUAAGAAGAAGAAAUCAGAUGGCUCAAACGAUGUAGAAGAGAGAAAUGAAUCUCAAAUGAGUAUUGCAUAA